AACUGUCCGGAAAUAAAAACUACUUGCGGAAAAGGGAACAUGGAAGCGGCAGUGUUCAUUUUGUCUCUUGUGGAUUGUUGUGCGCUGAUUUUCCUCUCAGUUUACUUCAUUAUAACCUUGUCUGACCUAGAAUGUGACUACAUCAAUGCUAGAGCCUGCUGUUCCAAGCUGAACAAAUGGGUAAUUCCAGAGAUGGUUGCCCAGUGUCUUUCCACCAUGCUCAUGUUGGUCUCGAUGCACUGGUUCAUCCUCCUCCUCAACCUGCCUGUAGCAGCCUGGAACAUUUACAGGUACUUGAAGGUUCCAAUGGGGAACAUGGGAGUGUUUGACCCAACGGAGAUCCACAACAGAGGUCUGCUCAAGUCUCACAUGAAGGAGGCCAUGAUUAAACUGGGUUACCACCUGCUCUGCUUCUUCAUCUAUUUGUACAGCAUGAUCCUGGCUUUGAUCAACGACUGAGCCCGGAGCAGGCCACGGACUUCAGCUGCCAAAUUCCAGACUGCAGGCUUUGCUGCGUCCCCCUCACAUCCUGUGCUCCUGUACUGUAUGCAUUUAAUGUCUCAGAACAACUAUUACAUUUUUUGUAUUGAAUUCCAGAGUUUGACUUUGCCACAUGGAUAUGGUUAAUAUUUAACCUUUCAAAGAUCCACCUUCAUAGCCUCCAACAGAAAGCUCGUCUGCACUGUGGAAAACAAUCCUUUAUUUUUGAACCUCUGUUUAACACAAAGUCAUUACAACCUCAACAGCUGAUAGACGUUUGCAGUAUGUUUCUUUACCAAUAACGAUGAGCCCAAUCCCUCCCAGUAAUGAACUGCUUUCAGCCUCAUCAUGAGUGCUCAUUAUUCUGGUGCUUUACACAAAGUAUUGCAGGUUGCUGUAAGGACUUUGGGUCGACAGCUUGUACAGAGUGGAGGACAGCUGAGUUAAAUCAAGCUAACAGCGCGGGCCCUGCAGGACCCGUCUUGCUGUAGCAGCCUAAGUUAUGGAUCCUUCCAGUGCGCUCGGACAUUCUUCUUCUCACCUCGCUGGUCGCUCUUGUGCACCAGUGUGAUGCGACCCAUGUAAUAACUAUAACACUUCAGUUCAUCCUGUAAAUUGUGCUGUUUGUGCCACACGUAAUGACUUUUCCCAGCUGGUGAUUCAAUCAGGUUCACAGUUAAUGUGGUCCUUUAUGGUGUGUGCAUGCUGUGCUUCGUGUCAGGGUUUAACCACCUCCAACAACUAAUAAGAUGUUUCUAUGACGCUGCUGCAGUCGAUGCUCAGCAGCGUCAUACGUGCACUGAAUUAAGAGGCAGUCGGGAUUCUGACUCUUUGAUUGGCAAAGUUUUAUUCUUUGGGGAAAUGUUUGAAAGUUCUUGUUGUGUCAACAUAAUCCUUUUUUUUUUAAAGUAAACCUUGAACUACUUCUGUCAAAUCAAUCCAAUAAAUAUCCCAAACUCUCAGUCAGAGUCAGAGGUUUGAAACUGGCUCGUCGGUCUGUUUUUGUCAGUAUUUGGUAACUCAGAGUUUCUCUUAUUGUCUGCACCAAUAGAGCACAAUGAAAGUGGCCCACUCCAUGUGACUGACGUUGUGUAUUUUAUUGUGUAGUUUGCAUAUGUGCGCUCACCUGCUGCUUGGUUUGUGACCCUGCUGCUCUUUGAUUUCAACACUAUCCAACAGAUUUACUGACAGUUUUCCAACGUUGACCUCGGGUGUCUGAUUGCACUGAGGUGUAGUUGAGGUUGGAUAACCAAUCCAGUUCUGAGACUUAUUCUGCAUACAGGACCACACACACACACACUCUGUUCCUUACAAAGCCAGCAUGGUCACCUGUUGCAGUCGUGUGCUGUACCAAGUACAGGAACCUGAAUAAAUAUUUUCGUUCCAUUGCA